AGGUAUUCCCCUGAUUCACCCGACUGGCAUUAUCUGUAUCAUGGUGUCCAUCUCAUUGUCUAUGAUCCUCGAUGUUCCGUGCAGAGUGAUUCUUUAUCGGUAUGUUUUUCGCUUGCUGAAAACGCUGUGCUAAACCAUAUACUAUCAAUAAUUCCAUGGCAACCCCAUAUGAUUUGAGUGUUCUCCAUCCUGUACGGUCUUGGAAUGCUUUGCGUGCUCCGGCAUUGUCUCCUCCAGGCCUACUUGGAGCAACGGCUUUCAUUUCAGUCUUUUAUUCUGCCGCGAUUUUAGUCGGGCCCAUUAGAUAUCUCUUUCUCACCUGGGCAAACCAGUUGACGGAUCCUGUCAGCAACCUACCUUUGGCACUUUACUACAUCCUUGUGAUUGUCUUCACAAUCAUGGUCACACCUCUGGAUGUGAUCGCGACACGUUUGGCGGUACAAGGAAACAGCGCUACUGGCCUGGGAGAAGUAAAGAGCAUAAGCCGAUUGUUCGAUCGUCUGUACCACACUUGCUUGUAGAUAAUAUCGUAAAAUUACGCUGUAUCAUGCC